AUGGCAGACCCAGAGCAGACCAAAAGCCUUGAAGAUGCAGCCAGUGAUGAGGAGGAUGGAUGGCCUGAAGGUGAAUGCGGCCUAUGCAACCAAAAGUUCCAGUCGCAGGAUGAUGCUGUUGAUGGAGCUGCAAUGACUGUGACCCCAUGCAAGGGGGUCAACAAAGGCGAGUGCUUACGCUGCUUCUACAUUCGCCGGGGGUCAUUCAAGAAUGUUGAGUCAGGGAUGCUUCGGGGCUUAUUGAAGAAGAAUGCCAAUUUGCGGGACAAGUUCCGGUCGCUUCGCAAAAAGCAUAUUCGGAUCACAACCAGAAGCCCUGGCACCCGCCCUCGGCAUGAAAGCAUUGACGUUCGUCAUUUUACUGAGAAAAAGAAUGAGGCCUUUGUCGAUAUAUUCGAGGAGGGGGAGUGGAUGUCCAUUUCUGAUUAUAUCGACACCAAGAUUGACGAUGAGAAAAUCAAGAAGAAGCUGAAGACUCAAGCGCAGAAACGGGCUUAUGUGACCAAUGACGACAUGGGAGUUGAUGGAGUCAUCAUACUCCCAAAUGCGAAAGUGAAAAAGGUUCGCAUGGGAUCAAGGGUCAGCUCCGCCCAGCUGCGACGUGAAGAGCAUGCUGAUGGCCAGGAUGCCAAGGCAGCUGCAGAAAAGAAUAAGAUCUGUACCGCCAUGGAUGAGGAAGAGACUGCCGCUCUUGGUGACAUGCCAGAGGCUGAAGAAGAGGAGCUUGCACAGCCAGAUGAGUCUGAGGGAGAGGGAUCCGAUGACGGCAUGUUUGGGUUCGCAGGUGCGACUGUGAAGGCAGCAACAAAGCCACAACCCAAGAGGAGAGCACGAGAAGUCACGUCAGCACCAGGAGGGCCUGUCCCAGGAUCCGGCACAGCUUCUGGUUCAACCAAACCAGAAAAAAGAUCCGAAGAGACUGUGAAUGCCAAGAUUGCCAAGGCUGUCCAAGCCAUUGAUUUCAUGAAGGAGGUUUCUGGUUUGGCCAUUUGGCAGGGGGCUGUCAAAGAGAAAGACUUGAGCAGCAAGCUGUCCAAAUACCUUGAUUUGGCAAACCAGCUUGAUGGAGCCACAACCAAUGUCGAAACAGCCAAAGACCAUGCCAAAGCACUCUAUGACAGAAUCACCGCUGUGAAUACCGUGAUUCAAUGCUUGGAUGAUGCCCGCCUCUUGCUGAGCAAGAUCAGCAAGGACUGCGAGGCGCUUGAAUCUGACGAGAACAGGAAUAUGUUCCAGCAGAUGGUGGAUGGCUUGCCAGAUGACUGCAAGAAUACUGUCCUGACAGAUGUUGGGCGCAAGCUGACUGAGGCCUGCUUCCAGCCUGGCAGUGAUGGCUACUUUUGGGACUUCGUGAAGUUGGAUGUCAACAAGAAGGAACCCAAACCAGUGUGUUUGUCCAGCGCUUUGCCUCAUGACAAGGCUUCAUCCCUUCAGCAGCAGCUUGUCAAUGGAUGGAUGGACAGGAUUGAUGAUGGCAGCGACACUGAUUGUUUGGAGGGAUUCUCAGUGAAGUUGCUCCUGGACCUGCACCGGUUCGUGGCUGUUGGAAAUGUCAUGGAGCACACAGCAGGCAACAUUGUCCUGGACAAGAGGACUGUGAAAGAGAUAAAGGCUGCUGUGGGCUUCUCUCAACGGGUUUCGACCCUUUGGCAAGCGACUUGUGAUAUAGCCAAGUCCGCCAUUGAUGAGACCAAGGUUGUUUCUGAAGGUGGCAACAUGGCAAACAAUUUGAAGGAGUUGAUUUCAACUGUGCAGAACGCAGUUGACAAGUCAGAUGCCAGCAAGGGCUCUUGGGACCAGAUCAAGCUCAAUGCUGCAAACUGUGGCAAUGCUUUGGCUUACCUUGACGCGUGCCAGGAAUCGAAGGAGGAGGGUGCUCAGGACGCCUUGACUGCAUUGAAAGCCCAGGUGGAAGCCUUGACCGUGCUCAUGGGUUCUGACACAUUUUCCUCUUCCACAGCUUCAGUGUCCAAGCAUCUUCAGGACCUUUGGCUGGCAGAGCCAGGGGAGAACCUCAACUUACCCUGCCGAGAGAAGAAAGACGUAAUGCUCAUCCUGUGGAAGGUGGCAGUUCAAGGAUUGAUUCUUUCUGGAGUCCUUCGCAAAGAUGUGCUGUACAAUUCGACCUUGAGUGAGUUUGCAAUUGCCCUACACGACUAUGGCAAGGAGGAGAAGCCGAAUCUGAAAGCCUCCUGUGGGGGGCCUGAGAAAGCCGUCCAAGCCAUCCAGAAGGAUGCCAUCGAGCUGGGCCCUGAUUUAGACAAGGCCUUGGGUGUUCUUCGGCAGGCUCAGCUUCUGCAGAGUUUGUCUUCAAGCCCAGAUGACCCUUUGCCCCAGCAAGCCAAGACAUUGCUCACCAUUGACAGCCUUGAGAUUGAAAACAUCAAGUUCUUCUUUCCUGACGUGAUCGACACCCUCACCAAGUUCAGGGCCAAGGCCCAUGAGAAUAUGGCAGAGGGUUUGGGCAAGGUUGAAGAGGCGAUCAAGAAUGCUCAGACCAAACUCUGCAA